UACUCUCUUCCUCCAGCUUCCGAGUUUUGGUUCCUUAUCUGCGUCUCUCACAAACUCCAUGGCCACUUUCCUUAAAACGCCGUCGUUUCGAGCUCCUCUUCCUCUCCUUCCGCGUAUAUCCCCAUCCAUCUCCUUAAAAUCACCAGAGCCCUUUUGCAUUUCUGUAAGGAGUCGUAAGCAGGGAAGCACCAACAAUGGCGGAUUUGUUCGUACAAGUUCUCUUCGGUUGGCUAGUAGGCACUCCUUCCGGUUCGUGAAGUUGGUGCCAUUCGCUUCGGGCGGAGGGGAAACUGAGACUACCGAGACCCAGGAGGAGGUUCAUGAGUCUGAAAUCCAGGAUUCUUCAGAUGGCACUGGUGGUGUUGAAGGUAGCUCAGGUGCUGAUGAAGUUAGUAAUGUUGAGGAAAUGACUAGCUCAGUUGUCUUGAUGUCACUCCAAUCAUAUAAAGAAGCUUUAGCAAGUAAUGAUGAAUCCAGAAUAGAAGAAAUAGAAUUGUUCUUAAAAUCCAUCGAAGACGAGAAAGUUAAUCUUGAGAGGAAAGUGGCAUCUUUAUCUGAUGAAUUGUCAGCAGAGAAAGAGCGGAUUCUUAGGAUCAGUGCUGACUUUGACAAUUUUCGCAAAAGGACAGAGAGGGAACGCCUUUCUCUGGUGACAAAUGCUCAAGGAGAGGUGGUUGAGAAACUAUUGCUUGUUUUGGAUAAUUUUGAGAGAGCUAAAACCCAGAUUAAGGUGGACUCGGAGGGAGAAGAGAAGAUCAAUAAUAGCUACCAGAGCAUAUAUAAGCAGUUCCUAGAAAUUUUGGGUUCACUUGGAGUCCUCCCUGUGGAGACAAUUGGAAGACCUUUUAAUCCACUGCUGCAUGAAGCAAUAAUGCGUGAGGACUCUGAAGAAUUUGAAGAAGGAAUCAUAUUAGACGAAUAUCGCAAGGGUUAUAUACUGGGUGAACGGCUUUUGCGCCCGUCAAUGGUGAAGGUGUCAGCUGGCCCUGGUCCAGCAAAGCCUGAGCAGGUAGAACCAUCAGAAGCAGACAUUAGCCAAGGUGAGACUUCAGAGAGCAAAGAAACCUCUGAGGAUGAAGUGGAAGCGGGAUCAUCUUCUUGAAUGCCAAAUGUGCAGGUUCAGAUUCAUCAGAUUCAGUUUUGUAAAAGGACGAGGUGUUAUAUUAUACUUUAUGCUCCUGAUAGGUCUUUUGAAUUUUGGCUGGCUGUGAUUGCUGGGAGAUUAUAUUGCUACUGGUAAUGUAGUUUUUGUUCACAGGAAUUCAUAUUAUUGUUUUUGAGGAAAUAGCAUUUCCUGGGAAAGUAAUUUAUAUUUUAUAGCCACGGAUUCUUAUAGCUUAUGUUGAAAGGGUUGUAACCUUCAGCAAA